AUUCAUUUCUGUUUGAAGUACUCUUCGAAAAAAAAAAAAAAAACAAACAAACAACGACUUGGGUCGUACUUAGUAAGUAAAAAUGGGACAAUGAGUUAGGGUAGCCAAACCCAACCACAGUUGAUCCGAUUGGAGGUUAAAUUCGAUCCAUAAUAAAACCUCCCGAAAUCCCUAGCCCCAUUAAACCUGAAAGUCUAAACCCCAAAACCCUAGCAGUUCAUCUUCCUUCCUUCUUUACUCUCUGCACCGGAAGAUCCAAGAGUGAUAUAGAAAAAUGGUGCAAUAUAAUUUUAAGAAGAUAACUGUUGUACCCAACGGGAAGGAUUUCAUUGAUAUCAUCCUGUCUCGCACCCAACGGCAAACACCAACUGUUGUCCACAAGGGCUAUGCCAUUUCCCGUCUCCGCCAAUUUUAUAUGCGCAAAGUGAAGUACACACAGCAGAAUUUUCAUGAGAAGCUCUCAACGAUUAUUGAUGAGUUCCCUCGUCUGGAUGAUAUUCACCCUUUCUAUGGGGACCUUCUUCAUGUGCUGUAUAACAAGGACCACUACAAGCUUGCUCUUGGCCAAAUAAAUACUGCUAGGAACCUUAUUAGUAAGAUUGCUAAAGAUUAUGUGAAGCUGUUGAAGUAUGGUGACUCGUUAUAUAGGUGCAAGUCUUUGAAGAUUGCUGCUUUAGGUCGCAUGUGUACUGUAAUAAAAAGGAUUGGUCCAAGUUUGGCUUAUCUAGAGCAGAUCAGACAACACGUGGCUAGGCUGCCUUCAAUUGAUCCAAAUACUCGGACAAUCUUGAUUUGUGGGUAUCCUAAUGUUGGUAAAAGCUCAUUUAUGAACAAGAUCACCAGGGCGGAUGUGGAUGUCCAACCUUAUGCUUUCACCACAAAGUCACUCUUUGUGGGUCAUACAGAUUAUAAGUACCUGAGGUACCAAGUGAUUGAUACACCGGGAAUUUUGGACAGGCCAUUUGAAGACCGUAACAUUAUUGAGAUGUGCAGCAUUACUGCGCUAGCCCACCUACGAGCUGCAGUAUUGUUCUUCUUGGACAUCUCAGGCUCCUGUGGCUACAGCAUUGCCCAGCAGGUUGCUCUUUUUCACAGCAUCAAGUCUCUUUUUAUGAAUAAACCUCUGAUCAUUGUCUGCAACAAGACUGAUUUGCAGCCUCUUGAUAGCUUAUCUGAGGAAGACAUGAAGCUGGUCAUGGAAAUGAAAGCUGAAGCCAUGAAGACUGUGAUGGGUCAAGGAGGUGAGCCUUCAAAUGAAGAGGGGGUGCUAUUGACAAUGAGUACUUUGACCGAGGAUGGAGUGAUUGCUGUGAAGAAUGCAGCUUGUGAGAGGUUACUGAAUCAGAGGGUGGAAUUGAAGAUGAAAUCCAAAAAGAUAAAUGACUGUCUCAAUAGGUUUCAUGUUGCUAUCCCAAAGCCACGUGACCAGAAGGAGAGGCCACCUUGCAUACCUCAGUCAGUUUUGGAAGCUAAAGCUAGGCAAGCAGCAGAGCCAGAGAAGAGGAAGACAGAAAAGGAUUUGGAGGAUGAAAAUGGUGGUGCUGGUGUUUACUCUGCUAAUUUGAGGAAGAACUAUAUUUUGGCCAAUGAUGAAUGGAAGGAAGAUAUACUACCUGAAAUUCUUGAUGGUCACAAUGUGUAUGACUUCAUUGAUCCUGAUAUCUUAUUAAGGCUUGAAGAGUUGGAAAAAGAAGAGGGUCUUCGGCAAGGAGAAGAAGAAGAUACUGGAUUUGAAAUGGAUGGUAAUGAAUUGUCUCCCGAAGAGCAAGAAGCACUGGCUGCAAUCCGGAAAAAGAAAAGUUUGCUUAUUCAACAACAUAGGAUCAAGAAAAGCACUGCAGAGAGUCGACCCACUGUACCAAGAAAGUUUGACAAGGACAGAGAGUUUACAACAGAGAGAAUGGGAAGACAGCUAUCAAAUAUGGGACUGGAUCCCUCUCUGGCAAUUAAUCGGGCUCGCAGCAGGUCAAGGGGCCGGAAAAGGGAGAGGUCACUUGAUAGGGGAGGUAAUGAUGGUGGUGAGGUUAUGGAUAUGGAUGUUGACCAACCAAAUAAGAUGCUACGUGUGAGGUCUAGGUCCCUGUCAAUGUCAAGGUCAAGGUCACGAUCACAGCCUCCAAUUGAAGUUGCCCCAGGAGAGGGCUUCAAGGACUCCGCUCAAAAGGUUAAGGCACAUAAACUGGCAAAGAAAUCUGUUAGGAAGAGGAACAAAGAUGCUCGUCGUGGAGAGGCUGAUAGAGUUAUUCCUACAUUGAAACCAAAACAUUUAUUCACUGGGAAACGCUCCAUUGGAAAAACUCAAAGGCGUUAGAUAGGCUAUGGUGUAUUAUGAUAAUUCUUUGUUUGUCUUGUACUUUUUCAUUCAUAUGUCUGAAACAUUGUCAAAUUUGUUGAAUUCUUUAGAUGCUUAUGGAAAAGCUUUGUUUGUGUUCUGAUUUUGUUUUGUCGGAUGCUCUAUGUGCACUACCUAGUUUUGGAAUGAAAAUUUUGACCUUGAGCUUUUUUGGUUCUUAUUAAAUCACCUCCUGAAUAAAUGGCUUAAUAUUGUAUCAAUAAUUGUAGAUUUUGUUUGAAGGGUGAGAAGUGCUUGAUUAUUCUUUGGAACACUCUAGGUACCAGGGUUCUACUUCUAUCCCUUGCUCCUGCUAGUUCUAGGGGGCUUAUUCCCAUUUGCCGAGAGAUAAAUAUUUGUGUCUAGUUUUGCACAUGCAUAUAUGUAUGCAAUGAGGAUUCUGUUGUGCUUUCUUACUGUAAAAGUUUCGCGUUGUGCUCAUAAUUGUCUAACGCCAGUACAUGUAACUUGUAAGGAUAUUAGUCCUUGUUUCUUUCAACAA